GUUUUCACAAAUGCAGACAUAAACAUCCGGUUGACCUUGACCUUCAAACAUGGCAUCCACAGCACCGAAAUCAGCUCAGCCGAAUUCUAUCAAAGAAAUAUUUAAGACAUUGAAUUAUGGACCAGCACCGGAGGCCGAUAAUGUUGCACAGGCAUGGUUAGAUGACCAUGAAAGAAGUUUUGGACAUUUUAUAGAUGGAAAAUGGGUGAAACCAGAAGGCAGGAAAAUAUACCAGUCCAAAAACCCAGCAACAGGUCAGAUCCUUGCUUCAACAUUACAAGGCACACAGGAGGAUGUAGAUCUGGCUGUGAAGUCAUCUCGGAAAGCUUACGAAUCAUGGAGUAAAACACCACCCCAUGUCAGAGCUAGAUACAUGUACAGUGUGGCAAGACAUAUCCAAAAGCAUCAGCGUCUGUUGAGUGUUGUAGAAGCUAUGGAUAAUGGAAAACCAUUCCGGGAGACUCGUGAUGCAGAUAUUCCAGUUAUGGUAAGACAUUGGUACCACCAUGCCGGCUGGGCUCAACUCAUGGAUACAGAGAUGAGAGGAUGGCAGUCUGUUGGCGUGAUUGGAGCCAUAGUUCCCUGGAACUUUCCACUGAUGUUGCUUACAUGGAAAGUGUGUCCAGCUCUUGCUAUGGGCAACACAAUAACUCUUAAGCCUGCCACCUACACGAGACUGUCUGCCCUGCUGUUAGCCGAGAUUUGCUCAGAGGCAGGACUUCCCCCUGGUGUGUUCAAUGUGAUCACAGGAAGUGGACAGAUGGGAAGCAUGCUGGCAGCACAUGAAGAUGUCGACAAAGUGGCUUUCACAGGCUCAACUGGAGUAGGGCAGACACUGAGAAGGUUGAUUGCUGGUACUGGGAAAAAGUUGUCACUGGAACUGGGAGGUAAAUCUGCAGUGAUUGUGUUUGAGUCAGCAGAUCUAGACAGUACUGUGGAAGGUCUAGUUGAUGCCAUAUGGUUCAAUCAGGGACAGGUAUGCAGUGCUGGGUCAAGGCUUCUUGUUCAGGAAUCAGUCUAUGGAAGAUUAGUUGGAAAAUUGAAAACCAGACUGACUCACUUCAGAGUAGGUGACAGUCUAGAUAAAACUGUAGACAUGGGUGCCAUUGUGGAUGACUCACAGAAAAAAACUAUAGAUGAGUUUGUUGAAGAUGCACGCAGAGAAGGGGCAGAGGUUUAUCAGGCUACAGCUUGCAUUCCAACUAGGGGCUGUUUUUAUCCUCCAACACUUAUCACAAAUGUACAGACUGUGUCUAGAGUUGUAGCAGAAGAGAUAUUUGGUCCAGUAUUGGUGGUGUUACCCUUCAGAACAGCCAAGGAAGCAAUAACAUUGGCUAACAACUCAAUGUACGGUUUGGGUGGCAGUGUGUGGACAGAAAAUAUCUCCCUGGCCAUGGAAGUUGCUAUCAGUAUAAAAACCGGAACAAUGUGGGUAAACUCUCACAACAUGUUUGAUGCAGCAGCAGGUUUUGGUGGAUACAAACAGAGUGGGUAUGGUAGGGAUGGAGGCAAGGAGGGAUUGUAUGAGUAUGUGAGGCCUUCCUGGGAGUCGAGACCACGUCCGGCUAGUGUUGAACUUGACCUGAAAACAUUUGGUGCAACUAUAGCCAAUAGACCAACAUUAGGUGCUGGAUCAAAUGAUGGCCAAAUACCAAAGAUUGACCGUACAUACAAGAUGUAUUAUGGGGGAGCCCAGAAGAGACCAGAUGCUCCCUAUGCCCGUCCUGUGAUAAACCCUGACGGUAAAGUGGUUGGCCAUGUUGGAGAGGGUAACAGGAAGGACAUCAGAAAUGCAGUCGAGGCUGCCCAUAAUGCUGCUUCUGGCUGGGGCAAGAGAGCUGCACACAAUAGAGCCCAGAUUGUGUAUUACAUGGCGGAAAACCUAGAGAUACGUAGGGAAGAACUUGCAGGGAGACUUCAAGAAAUGACAGGGAAGAAAAUGGAGGAAGCAUUGAGGGAAGUGGAUCUGUCUAUCAACAGAUUGUUCCACUGGGGAGCUUACUGUGAUAAAUAUGGAGGUUCUGUUCAGGAAACAACAUUAUAUGGAGCAACAAUAAAGAUACAUGAGCCAGUUGGAGUGAUCGGUAUAGCCUGUCCCGAUGAUUACCCUUUACUAGGAUUUGUAUCCCUGUUUGCACCAGCUGUUGUCAGAGGAAACACUAUGGUCAUUAUACCUAGUGAGAGAUAUCCUCUGAUGGCCAUGGAUCUUUAUCAGGUAUUUGAUACAUCUGAUCUGCCAGGGGGUGUUGUCAACAUUAUCACAGGUGACAGGGACCAUCUCACAAAGUUUCUAGCAGAACAUCAGGAUAUACAGUCCAUGUGGUACUUUGGUUGUGCUGAGGGAUCAAAAUAUGUUGAAUAUAUUUCUGCAGAGAAUGUGAAGCGAACUUGGGUGAAUUAUGGGUUUGAAAGGGAUUGGGAGGAUCCUGAACAGGGUCAAGGAGAAGAAUUCUUGUACCAGUCCAUACAAGUGAAAAAUAUUUGGGUUCCGAUGGGAGAUGUCUUUGCUAACUAGACUGGAUAAUAAUGAUGAAUAAAGACUGCUUUCAGGGAAAGGUUUUGAAAAAUAUAUAGAUAUGACCUGUAAUGGAAUUGGUAUUUUUAAAGUAGACUGGUUAAGGAGGAAAAUGUCUUUGUAAAUAGACUGGGCUCAGAAGAAAAGGCUUUUCAAACUAGACUGGUUUCGUAUCAAACUGGACCAGUUCUCUAUAAACAGGAUAAGGACCAGUUCUCCAUAAACAGGAUAAUUCUAAACAGCUGGACUGGUAGUACCAAGAAAAUUGAAGAUUCAAACAUAAAUAUUAAAACAAACUGCUAAAAAGAAAUGAAUAUUUUGUGGUUAGAUGAAUGCUAAGUUAAGAGCCUAUUUGUUGUGUCUGUACUUUAUGAUUAUGGCAGCUGUGGUAAAAUAUCAUAUUUAUGUUUAUUAAGUGGAUGCAAACUCAGAAGUUUAUUUUUACAUGAUAGAAAGUUUUUUCUUUACAAACUCCGUCUUUACUUUGUUGAGUCCUUUGCAAGCAGGGAAAUUUAAAGUAUUUUUCCUGAUUUUUGGUUUUAAAUACAAAUCUGUGAUUUGUUUGGAAGAUUUACACAAUAGUAGAUGUAACUUGCUACUCAAGAGACAUUUUUUCUAAAAUAUAUUCUGGAAGAUAGAAUUGUGUUUAUAAAAAAAGAAUCUCCAGUAUUAACUUGUUAUAAGAUAUAAGAUGUACAUUAGUGGGUGACUUCGGUUGUUUUGUUAGUUAUAGAUAUUUAGUGUAUCGACAGUGUUCGUGAUUGGUAUAUUUUACAUAGAACAGUAUUUAGAUAUUGAAACAAUCUCGGUGAUACUGUCAUGCAGUGUGUCUUACCUGAAGUGUCGGGAUCUCUCUAUACAUUGUCAGACUGUUCCAGUAUUAUGACUGAAAGAUUUUGAUUUUGUUUUCUCAAAUUUUAUGUAACAUUAACUUGGAAAUUUUGCUUUUAUGUUAACUAAGAUAUCCCGAGAAUUGCAUAACAAUCCGUCGACUAGCUGGAAAUUUUAAAACAUUUUAUUGUUUAAAAUAGCCUAUCCAUAUCAGUGGUAAGAAAUUCUUAACUUACACAAGGUAUUUUGUAAAAAAAUAUUUCCCAUUAUCAUGCUUGUAGUUCUGUAGAAUGAUGAAUAUUUAUUAUUAAUAUGAUUAUAAUAGUCUUAUAUUUAAAGUGAAAUCAGGAAAAACCUUGUAAUGGAAAAGUUUGGUGGAACAGUAAGUAAUUUUUGUUUCUUAAGUUUUGAUAAAUAUGGACUUCAGUUUUCUUCACAUUUGCAUAUGUGAAAAUGUUUCAUAUGAGAAGUGAAUUUGUGAAUAUCUUACAGAAUUGAUGACUGCAGAAAAUAUUUUUGUUUACUGUAUUUUUUGUGAACACUACUGUAGAGAUGAUUGGGAGAAAUAGUUUUGUUUCAUGUACUUUCUGGACUUGCUACAGUAAUUUUGUAGCAUCAGCCUAAAUGUAGUUCAGUUUUUGUUAAACUCUGUUUUGUACUAAAGUGUAUUUUAUAUUAUUUUAUUAACUAAUGAAGUCUAAAUAAUUUUAUUUAGUUUUACUCUUGUCUCAGUUUCAUCAGAUAAGUGUUCUUAUUUUUAUUUUCUUAUUAUGCAAUAAACUGUACUUUUCUUCAGAAAUAUAUAUAUUUUUCACUGCAACCACUUGUAUGUCUAGAAAAUAAAGGUAAAAAUGGUGUUUUUUCUUUUAAUGUCAAGAAAUGAAGGGUUAAGACAAAAGAAGAAAGAAUUAUGUCAAGAAAUGAAAUGUAAAGAGGGUAAAGUUCUGGAAAGAAAAUUUAAAUGAAACUUUAAUGAGAAUUUAAAAUGUAUGAUUUAAUUUUUACUUCACUUUAUCAAAAUUUUGAAGGUAGUACUUUGUUCUAGACCUUGAAAACAGUAAGAGAAUUGUAUACAAUAAUUAUUUGUAAUCUGUAUAAUAUUGUAUAAUCUAAUAAAAGCUAGUCAGUUUAUUGUGAAAAUCAAAAUGAUUUCAUAAUUAGUAUGUACAUUCCUAUGGUGGACUCAUUACGACAGUCAGUCAUUGUUGUUUGAAUACAUUCUAUCAGUGUGUGAUUGCUGUAUUUCCGCGCUAGUACCAAAAAAGUCAUUUGUCGUAAAGCCUAGAUUGUUGCCUGGUAGCUGUUUUAAUUAUUAUUAAGCAGAAGUGUGAGGACUCCAACCUAUAUUUGGAGCAUUUUGAUAAAUACAUGUAAAGCUACAGACCUAUACAUUUAAUUUGUAAUUGAAAAUAGGUGAAAUCUACAAUUUUUCUCUAUACAAAAAAAUGUCAUCAAACAUGUGAUUUUCUAAUAGAAGCAUAUUGUCAGAAUUAACCAAAGGACCAGUAUUUUCAGUAUGCAGUAAACAAGAUUCAAACACACAACUUAUCUUUUUUUAUUAGCUGAAUUUCAAUCAUGUAAACUAUAAUGAUACUUAGGAAAAAUACAGUUUAAUAAAAUUCUAUAUUGAAUACUGGUUUCAGAUGUGCUGAAUCAGCCUAAAAUCCAGUGUCCCAUACACUGCAGUUUACAAAUUGUUUUUUUUUCCGUAUUGUUUAGAAAUAUAUUGCAUGUCUAAUUUUCAGCAAACAAAUGUGCGUCAUAUGGUCACCUACCUCUUGAUUGUAGGUUUUAUUAUAUUGUGCUAGAUAUUAGCUCUUGCUACGCAUUUGAUUUUAUUAAUGAUCUGUAGGUGUAAUGCCGAUAUAUUACAUUUUGUUGAGUUUAUGUCUUACUAUGUAAUCAAAUAUUAUUAGAGUUUUCUUUGAAUAAUAAAGUAAAGAUAUACAAAUAUUAUUAGAGUUUUCUUUGAAUAAUAAAGUAAAGAUAUA